UCGUCACUUAUUUGCUCAAAUCUUCUGUUCAGAUGAAGCAGGCGAUAUUUCUUCUGCUAUGUGUGUGCUUGAGCGUGUGUUUGGCGAUGAGACAGCAGGCCGUUCACGUCAAAGGGCAACUGAUGUGUGGCAAUCAACCGGCCAGAAAUGUGAAGGUGAAACUCUGGGAUGAGGAUGAAGGUCCCGAUCCAGACGAUGUUCUAGACGAGGGCACAACGGACAGCACCGGUCAUUUUGAGCUGGAAGGAAGCACCCGCGAACUGACGUCAAUCGAUCCGAUCUUUAAGAUUUAUCACGAUUGCGAUGACGGAAUCAAAGUAACUGAGAUGUGGUCUGGAGUGGUUCUGUUGCUUUUGACGCUGGUCGCCUUUUGUACGGCCGUACGCCAUCAGUCUGUAGGCGUCCGUGGCAAGCUGCUUUGUGGUUCAGCACCAGCUCGUAACGUACGCGUGAAACUUUGGGAAGAAGAUUCAGGUGACCAAGCCAUAAGAGACCAGUCAGUGGCCGUCACUGGUAAAUUCCUUUGUGGUACACAGCCGGCAGCCAACUACCGUAUCAAACUGUGGGAGGAAGACAGAGGACCUGACCCUGACGAUCUGCUUGCUCAAGGAUAUACGGACAAUCAGGGACAGUUCCACCUACAGGGUGGUGAAUCCGAGUUGACGACGAUUGAUCCGGUCUUCAAAAUUUAUCACGACUGUGACGAUGGCUUC